UAGAGAGACCGGAAGUGCUCCUGUGGCGGCACGCCGGGUAGCAGAAGCCGUACAGAGGCGGCAGGCAAGGGGCUCCCUGGGGUUUUGACUGGGCGGCUGAACUAGAGGGUCGGCGUUAGCGGCCUGGGGUUCGGUUUUGCACGAUGGCGUCUCGGGCAGGCCCGCGAGCGGCCGGCACCGACGGCAGCGACUUCCAGCACCGGGAGCGCGUCGCCAUGCACUACCAGAUGAGUGUGACACUCAAGUAUGAAAUCAAGAAGCUGAUCUACGUGCAUCUGGUCAUAUGGCUGCUGUUGGUUGCCAAGAUGAGCGUGGGACACCUGAGGCUCUUGUCACAUGAUCAGGUGGCCAUGCCCUAUCAGUGGGAAUAUCCGUAUUUGUUGAGCAUUGUGCCCUCUCUCUUGGGCCUUCUCUCGUUCCCUCGAAAUAACAUUAGCUACCUGGUGCUCUCCAUGAUCAGCAUGGGGCUCUUCUCUAUCGCUCCCCUCAUUUAUGGCAGCAUGGAGAUGUUCCCUGCAGCACAGCAACUCUACCGCCAUGGCAAGGCCUAUCGCUUCCUGUUUGGCUUUUCUGCUGUCUCCGUCAUGUACUUGGUGUUGGUACUGGCAGUCCAAGUUCAUGCCUGGCAACUGUACUACAGCAAGAAACUCUUAGACUCUUGGUUCACCAGUACACAGGAGAAGAAACGUAAAUGAACUCUGUCCGAGGACUCUCUGAGGGGUAAAACCUGGGUCUCCCAUUGACUGUGGCGUCUGUGAUGUUGGCACCUAGUGCACACUAGGCUCAGAUUUUGGCCUAGAGUUCUCUGUUACCAUUGGCUGAGGUGACAAAUGGUAGUGUUUAAUUUAUUCUUGACGAGCUACAACUGGUGACCGAUGGCUGUGGAACACUUUUAACUGGUUGAAGUUGAGGCCAUCCAGGGUUUGCUUUUUCCAGACUGAGCCUUAUCUUUGCCUUCUCUUGGUCAUACUCCCUGCUUCCAUUCAUCGCCUCUUCACCACCAAUGCUAAAAGACUUUGGAAUAAAUCAGCACAUGAAAUUCUACUUCAGUCUGUUAAGUCAUGGGGCAGGCAACAUUUGGGAAGUUGCUCCCCCUACAGGCUGUUCUGUUUACUUCAAACCGUUUUAAUUAAAAAACAAAAUCAAAAAACUCAAUAAAGUUAAGACUGUCCUGUG